AUGGCAUUGCAGCCGCCCAAGAAGAAGCUGUCGAAGAAGGAGAAGGCACGCCUCGAGGCCGAGCAGGCCGAGAUGCUGCGCAUCGAGAUGGAGAAGGAGAAACUAAAGAAGCUGGAGGAGGCGCGUCAGCGCAAGAAACUGGAAAUGGAACAGGCCAAGCAUCGCCAGCAGCAGGAGGUGGCUGAGAAUCGGCUGCGACGGCGCCAACUCAAGGACAGCAUGAGAUUCUUCGAUCAGGUGCAUACGACCAUCGAGGCCAUCAAGGCCGAGGAGCGCCAGCAGCGCGAGUGGGAGAAGUACAUGCGCUGCAACGGGCUGCCCAAUGCGGCCAGCCCCAGCGACCUGCGCAAAUACAUCCACCAGUGGCACGCGGACAUUGCCCAGCGGGAGCGCGACGAGCGCAACUGGCUGCUGCGCACGGACGAGCGCACCCUCCUCACCCAGGAUGUCCAGGUGGAGGAUCUGACGCGCGUCUCGCUGCGACAGCAGCAGGGCAACCUGGGCGAUGUCUAUGCGCAGCGCAUCAAGGAGGUGCUGGGCAUUCUCAGCGAACUGGACGAGUCGCUGGCGUACACAAAGUCCCGCUCGGCCCAUGUGGCCGCCGAUCUCGUGAAGCUAAAGACGGAGAUGCGCGUGUUCCUCAAGCAGCACCUGGACGAGUUCACCCACAAGACAAUGUCGCACAUCGAACGUGACAUGGAAAUCGAUAGACCUGGCGUCUCCAAGCACAUCUACAGCUCCGAUGUCUUUCAGAGUUUCGUUUGGACGUUCUCCAAGGAUGCCCAAAUCGCUGUCAAUCCGAAAGCUCGCAUUGGCGAACAGUCGGCCCACAAUGAGAUCGAUUUUCCCACCAUCGAGAUGAACCUCUCACUGCCGCCGACGGUUCAACUGCAAAGCUCGGCGCUGCGAGGGCUCUGGCUCAACUAUGAUCAUUUUAGUGACUACUGCAGCAGCUUUCAGCUGAAACACGCUCGCUCCGAAAAUGCCACUAUUUUGCGGCAAACGAAGCGGGAGUGGCGCAAGCGCAAGGAGAUUCUGCAGUCCAUGCUGGAUGAGUGCGCCCGAGAUAUUCCGCUGUCCGAGCUGGAGCAGCUGACGCAGGAGCAGCACUCGUCCAGCUCGCAGCCGCCACGUGAGCGCAGCUACGAUGUGGACAAGCUCUACGCCCAAUACGAGGAUGAGCUCAACAAGGCGCGCCGCCGAGCCGUCGGACCCGAGGCGUAUGGCCUGCUCGAAACAGAUGUCAAUUUGCGCAAAUACCGCAUCAUAUCAGGCGUCUACUGCAUCGAUUUUCUGGAGACGCCGCAGCAGGAUAAACAACUGAAUGCUCGCUCCUUCAUACGCACCAUUUUUGCCACGAACAAUCUGAUGCACAAGGAAUACUAUCAGACCUAUAAGCCACCGCCUCCGGUUUUGCCUGGUGUGCGUCGCCUGCCCGAGGAAAUUGAGGCUGAGAUGCGCAUGAUUGAAGCGGCAUUGGAUAAGCUCGCCUUAGUCACACUGCAAUUGCCCGAUUCAGUUAUUUGGUUCGAGCCACCGAUUGCCUGUCGCUGGGAGACGGACAUCGAGACGCUCGAGUCGCAGCUGGCGGAUGGGGUAAAGCCCGACGCAGCAGCGGCGCCAGCAACGGCAGCAGCUACCACAGCCACGCCCACCGAGGCCACACCACUCUCGACCAACGCCCAGCCCAGCCCGCUAAAGAGCUCGCCGCGCGGUCCAGCCAGGAUGCGUUCCCAGAAAUCCGAUCUGGCCGCAUUGCAGGCGCAAACGCUGCGCGAAAUCGGAGACUUUGAUUUGCGUGCCAUACCCCGGAAUGUGGACCUGUAUGGGCUGGUCAAGGACUUUGUGGUGCCACGCCUGCCGCAGGGCUUCUGCGUGCGCCUGGAGCAGCAGACGCCGCAGUCGAGCAGCGGGCAGCCGCAGCGACAGGUGAUGUUCCUGGCGCGCCAGACACACGUGCGCCUGGGCCAGGGAGCGCCAGCUGCGACAACGUUGGCGUGUGCAACAGACUCAACGCAGCCGUCGAGCAGCUUGGGCAUUGGCGCCGAGUUCCUGGACACGGCGGAGCCGGCCGAGCUCUUUCCCCCCAUCUGCUUCGACAAGCUGCUCAAGUUCCGCAGCCUGGCGCGUCCGCCGCCUGUGACGCCCAGCGGCUGCUACCUCUUCUCGCAGCUGAUCGAGGACAUGGAUCGGCUGUGGCGCAUGCAGCUGCCGCGAGAGCAGCACGAGGAGCUGCUGCAGCAAAUAUCCGAGCAGCUGUCGCCCAGCGGCUCUCAGCAGGACGUCAGCGAGGAGCUGGCCGACGAGCUGCGUCCUCUGAGCCAGGAGCUGGUCGAGGUGCUGCAGCCAGCCGCAGCGGCUGCGGCCUUCGCCUACUACACGGGCAUCUCCUUCAUCCGCGAUACACAGCUGCCCGCACAGGACCAAGACCAGGCCACGAAGCCCAAGUCAGCUGGCAGCCAGGACAGCAGCGACGACGAUGCGGACGAUGAGGACGACGAGGACAGCCUCCUGGAGCUGCUCGAGGGCAACGUCGGCAACGAUUCCUCAGCCGGCGGCACUCUUCAGCAGGCGUUCAGCGGGAACAGCAACAGCGACAACUGCGACAGCGAAACUCGCAGACAGAAGCAGAGCAGCCUGGCGGCCAUUACGCAGGGCAAGUGGAGCACGCGCGAUGUCCACGACACCAAAUUCAAUGAGGACAAACUCUCCAUACAGUUUCGCACAGGGCGACUUGGCAUCUUUGGCUUCGCCCUGAACAAAUACAGCAACAUGCCCUACCAGACCUGGGACCUGAGACCCGAUAUGAAGAACCCGGGCACCAUAUUCUUCAGCUUGACGGCCUCGCUGAUCAGCCUGGAGAUGACCAUCACUGAAGCGGGCUACACCGUGCAUAACUUCCAGGGCGGCAGCACGCAGGGCUUGACCGAUAUGCUGGGCAAGACGUUGAGCUUGAGCGAGUUGAAGGCGACUCUAAUCCUGUCCGCCGUAGACAUCUUUCCGGAUGAGGACGCCUUCUGCUACACGGAGGGCUCCUGCGAGAAGAACUUUGUGAUGGAAAUGCACACCUAUGCCUGCAUCUCGACCCUGGCACUGUCCCACAACUUCAGCUGGUCCCGCUGGAAUCUCUUGGCGGGCUCGCGCACAGCUGUCCUGCUCAUCCGCGAGCUGCUCGAGGGCAAAAAGGUGCCCUACUACUCCACGCUGCUGGUUACCCCGCUCAAGACCUCCAUCAUCGACUGCACCGAAGUGUCGGCCAGCUUCAAUGCAGUCGGCAUUGCUGGCAUGGAAUACUACGCGGAUCUCUAUCAGCUAUCGCAGGCCCACGCACAGCCCGUCAGCCUGGAGAAACAGCGCAACAUGAGUCCGAUUCUUAGGGAGAAUGUGGCCAGCAUUCUGAUUGGCAUUAGACCUCUUAGCUUUUGUUAA